GUAAGAAUAUUAUUCACAGUGCUUGAAACGUACUAAGGACAUAGAUGACUAACAGUUAGAGGAUUUUGCUGCUGUGCUGAAUGUCGAUGGACAGUUUGAUGCUUUGCUGUGGAAGCAGGUCACAUUGGAAACCAUUCUUAUGGUGUUAGAGACAAGUUUUGAGUACAGCUUCCACUCCAAGCCUACAGGGAGUGUUUGAUACUCAAACUUAGCUCAUACUCACUUUUAGCUGAGGUGAAGGCAAAACUCUGGCCAGCAUGGCCCUAAUACAUAUUCAUGCCAGACUUCUUUUUACGCUAUCUUAGAAGAGGAGGUGCAGAUUAACAGGAACCUACUGCAUUUUAUCACUCACCAUAUUUAUUGACUGUUUGGAUGCAGAGGACAACACAUCUGAGACUGGUUUAGGGAACUCAUUCAGGUGGUCUCAUAUCUUUCAAAGGUUUCACUCUGAAGAAUGGAAGAUUACUACAAUAAUUACGGCUCACAAAACCAAACCUAUGAGCUCAGCGACUACUAUGAAAACGACAUCUAUGAAAACGACAUCUAUGACAAGGACAAUGAUUACAAAAACAUUGAUUUCAUCACAUAUGUGCUGACAUGCAUAAUCAUUGCUAUUGGCCUUCCUUUGACCCUCGUGGCCAUCUAUGCUCUUUUUUCUCUGGUGAGAAGGGGUCAUGUUGCUCCGAUCUACGUCAUCAACCUUCUCAUUUCUGACCUUAUUCAGCUCUGCUACAUGAUCGUUAAGGUGGCACAACUGGAUGUGGAGAUACGUAACAUCUUCUCUUCUUUUUACCUCUCUGGUCUGAUGGCCAGUGUUGGCUUCAUGGUCUGCAUCGCCCUGGAAAGGUAUUUGGUCAUCGUCCACCCGCUGUGGUACCGCUUCAGACGAACUAUCAAGACCUCUGUGGUGGUCUGUGUCCUGGUCUGGGUCCUUACUCUUGUCUGUGCUGUCCUUUUCAAUUUAUUUUACACAAAAGUGGUCAUGUACAUAAUCAUCACUGUCUUCUUCCUUCCCUUCCCACUGUUAAUCUUCUUCCUGGUUGCGACCCUCAAAGCCCUGCCUGCUUCCAUCUCCGUCCCCUCUGAUGAAAAACGACGAAUUGUGGGAAUUUUGGUUCUGGUGCUGCUUAUUUAUACACUGCUGAUCCUGCCUACAAUCAUUUGGUUCCUGGGAGACGACUUUAACAAAACCCUCAUCAAACUGUCUUUCAUGUUUGUUAAGUUGAGUCCUCUUGCAGACUUAGUCCUGUAUGUCUUCAUGAGGAAAGGGGCCAUAGACAAGCUUUUGGUCUCUGUGGUUUGUUGCAGAAUGGACAGCAAUCAGCAGUCAAUCAGUCUGAAUGAUGACAUCAUUUCUACAGUCAGCUCCAAUUAGGCAGAGACAGAGGGAGGGAGAGAAAGGGGAGGAAACAGGAGGAGAAAUGUAGAUGAACAGAAAGGAUAGAGACAAGACAGAUAUUGGACUAUUGGAAACACAUUUUGAUUUAGUUUAUUAAGAAAUAACUUAUGUCUACCCAAAACUGUAUUUGUUUUGCGUUUUUGUUCCUUUUUUUUGUUGUUACCAAUAAGAAACAAAUUUACAAACUAUUUGCUUAUCUUUGUUUUAGUGGUAGGCAUCAGAGCAGGAGUUUUGCAACAUUUGUUGUGUGUUUGGCAAUCAAAUCUUAUUCAACUGACGCUGCUUUAAAUUAAAUUUCUAAAAAUCCAAUAAAAAAUCUUUCUAUGCAAAA